AUGUCGUUGUCAAAUAAGUUCUCCAAGAAAUCAUUGCCUGCCGAGUCAGAGCAGUCAAAGGGAGACAAUUCAUACAUCGAAGAAGAGGAUUUAGACUCAGUUGAAGGUCCAAAAUUGAAUGAAAACAAAGAAAAUCAAGUGAGAGAAGAUGCUCGCAGAGGAAACACCCGCGCUCAGUGCUUUACAAAGAGUUCGAAGAAAGCAAAAGCAGCGAUGGAAAGCAGUGAAGGUGCUCAAAAUGACAGCAGUAAGAAAAUGAUUGAGGGAGCGAGGACAAGCGAGAUGAACCGUUUUAAAUUUGGAAUCGAAGCAAUUCAUAACAAGACAGAUAAGUGUCAUAAUACUUGUAGAUCUUCUCCUUCUAAGUUGGAAAAGCAGGAAUCAUCGGAUGCUGUCACUUCUUCGAUGAAAAAUAAGCGGAAGCGAAAGAAGAAAAAAUCGGGGGUCCAAAAGACCGCUGUCGCCGUUGAAAACCCCGAGGGUACCCAUGAAAGUGCUGUGGUUGCUUCUGCGAAAAAAGAAAAGAACGCCUCAGGUCGAGAUUCCAAUGAAGCAGAUACUAUAGCCGGCUCAAAUGGCAAACCUUCACCCCUCCUUCCUCCCACUGCAGACAAAUUCAAAGAGAUCCUCGAAAAGCUUGCCGAUGUUCUUGAUACUCAAGAGGCUCGAAGGCUCAUCAACGAAGAAGUGAGUGCUGGUAGAAUCGAGAAGAUUGAAUUCAUGACGGUCAUGCAGAGAUGGCGUCAGCAGAAGCGAAAGAAGAUCCAAACGCUUCAAAGGGAUAAGGUGGUGGAAAUGGAAGGUUCGCUUGACGACGUA